AGUUUCAGAUUCCCUCUCAUCUGUUCAUAACCGAGUAGAACAGCUUUCUUUUGUUCAUUGUCAAAGUCAUUCAAGGGAGGAUGUCAUUUGUAAGCACUCUUCGUCAGUGGGAUGAGGCUGUGGCAUGUGUGGAGCAAAGAGACACAGACUCUGCUCUUAGGAUAUUCCUCAACAUCGAAGAGAAAAACUCCAAAAUCGCCUUCAACAUUGGCUGUCUUUAUCUGAACAACAAUGAGUUGGAUGAGGCCGAAAAGGCUUUUGAUGGAAGUAUCGGCAGAGAUGAACACCUGGCUGUGGCCUUCUUUCAGAGGGGAGUUACAUUCUACAAAAAGGAAAAGUUUGAAGAGUCUCUUCUAGAUUUUCAGCAGGCUUUUAAGCAGUUACGAGGAAAUCAGCUAAUAGACUACAAACCUCUGGGGCUGAGAUAUAAACUAUACGCCUGUGAGGUGCUACAUAACAUGGGAUUGGUACAGGCCCAGUUGGGAAAAUGGGAGAAAGCUCAAGAGAACCUUCUUACUGCACUGAACUUUAGAGCAGAAGCCAAGUUCAGCCAUAUUGACCUCGCCCUGGAUGCCAUACUGAAGCAGAAGCUCUUUUCUCUGGCAGAGAUUAAAGCAGGGCUGCUAUUUAAACCCAAUAAGCACUAUGUGGCAGAGCUGGAGAAAAAGGACUAUCUUGGAAAAGCUAAGGUUGUGUCCUCUGUUGUACCUGCUGAUCAGUUCUCUGGUUUUGCCCCACUGCAACCUCAAGUUGAUAAUAUUCCUUCUACACCAAAAGUGCCAGAAGUCCUGAGGGCACUUGAAGGUGAGCCACACACUGUUCUUUAUGAAUUUGUUCCUGAGACUAAAGAAGAGUUGGCUGUGUUUCCUGGUAACAUAGUCUUUGUUCUUCAGAAAGGAGCUGACAACUGGGCAUCUGUUGUUUUCAAUGAAAAGCGAGGUCUUGUUCCUUAUAAUUUCCUAGAACCUUUGGAUAUUACAAUGACAUCAAAACCAAUGCAGAUUGAAGAAUUAAAUGAAAACGAUGAUAUACCAGCUCCACCAAGAAGAGCACCACCUAGUAAACCAGAGAGUACAGAAGGCCUGAAGACUGUUAAAGCUGAGGCUAAUAACACUGGGAAUUUCUCAGGCUGUAUUGUGAAAGUGCACUUUCAGUUCACCAUAGCAAUCUGUAUUGCACAUGGACAAUCAUAUGGGGUCAUUCUUCAGAUGAUAAGCUCUAAACUUAAGCUGCCUGCAUCAGCACUAACUUUACGUUAUGCCAAGGAAGACUCAAAUGAGAAAGUGACUAUUGAGGACUCUGAAAUGGAGGCUGUGUGGAAUAGUGUGAAUGAUGACCGUCUUACGCUCUGGUGCUCAGUUUCCGAGGGUAAAAGUGUGUCUCCUGAGAAAGUGGUGGCCCUUUACUCUUAUGAAGCCUCCACCCCAGAAGAUUUGGAUUUCAAACAGGGAAAUGUCAUUACAGUCCUUUCAAAAGUCAAUGAAGAGUGGCUUGAGGGUCAAUGCAAUGGAAAGAGCGGCAUAUUUCCGUCAUCCUUUGUUAAAGCACUUAAUGGGGACCGGCAAUGUGAAUGAAUCAACAUUCAUCCAACAAGGCCUAAAUCAACAGUUUCAACUAAUAUCUAGACUUCUACACAUUUCUCCUGCUUCUCUUUGCUGAUCGUUUGGGAUAAACCCACACAAGUAUUAUUUUCAGGACUAAAUUCAAGCCAGAGUUUGCUUCUGUACUUUGUAAGUCACUCAACUCUUGAAGAUUAAACAGUUAAUUCAUUUAGAGGCAGAAUAAUUUACAUUUUCCUCUGAUAAUUCAAUUAGCUUUCUACAGUUUGCGACAAGAUUGGUAACAUACCAUGGAAGGAACAUACUUUGUUUAAAAAAAAAAAAACCUAACUUGAUAUUAAUUAGGAACAGCAAGCCUUAUCAUGGAUUAAAACAUGUCCUCAAGUAUUAUGGGAAAUAUAAUACAUAAUCUUCAAUUUAUUGAUGUGAUUUGUCAGUGCAUGACUAACAGUGUAUUAAAGCAGUCCUUUGACGUCAUCCUUUUACAGUCCAAUAGGAAA